AUGUUGGCGCACGAAGUUGCUCUACUGGUCCGACCACCCAACAAUCCAGGGGCAAACCAGAAAACCAACAAACACAGACCCGUCAACGAGCCGAAACGCCAGUUACCAAAUGGGGAUACUCCAACCUUUCAUAAAAGUUCCAAGGAGAAGACUCGCAAGUCGAAACCUGUUCUUCCUAAUGGCGAUAAACCAGAUUUUGGAACUGGAGAAGACAAGAAGGACCACCCAAAUAGUAAGGAGAAACUGAGAAAACUGAAGAAGGGAAAGAAUAAUAAUAAUAAUAGCCCUGCCACAAAGAAUGCUGCGAAUGAGGCUAACAAAAAGGUCUCCAACAAGGCUGCGAGUGGCAACAAUAAUGGCCAAUCUACUGUUGGCGAUAUGAGCAAGAAGUCCGGAGAAGAAAGUUACGCUGGGUCGUCUUUCCAUUCUUCUCCUGAAGCCUUGGCCUUGCCCAAACCAUCUUUCAAAUCUUCUCCCAAACAAUCAUCAUUACCUUUGGGCCAACCAUCUCCACAGACCCCGGGUCUCCAACAUUCUCCUAUUCAAACACCAAAUCAUCAACCUGCAAAUCAACAGUUCUCCAACCAGAAUGCGGGCAUGAAUUUGCAUCCGGCCUUCGUGUACCAGGGCAUGCCAGCAGUACCUCCUCCAAGAUAUCCGGUUGCGCCCUAUCCAAAUUCUGUCCCUCAACAUCCUGGUUUCGAGUAUUACGCUAGCCCACAAGGUUAUAUAAACUACCUGUAUCCACCUACAGCUGUUCCACAGGCACCUAUGCCUCUUCAUUCUCAGCCAUUCGUACAUCCACAGAAUUUGCAUGCAACACAACCGCAAUUUGCACCUGCAGGACAAAGGAUAACGUUUAAUGACUUGAUGAACUCAUCAAAGUGA